GUAUAUAAAAAAUAGUUCCUAUAUAAGUCCUGAGGACUUUGAUCGCCAAAAAUUAAAGUUAAAUGAGAUAUUUAUUUCUGGCAUUCCACAAACCAUGUCGGUUGAUCAGUUGGCCAUGAUUGCUUUAACUUUUGGUGAAAUCCACCAAUUGCGUUUUAAAUUACGUGCAAAUGGAAAAAGUCGCGGUAUUGCUUUCUUGCAAUAUACAAUUAAACAAGAUGUACCCGCUGUUAUCAAGAAAUUAACAGAAAAAUUUAUUGAACUGCACUUCAGAACUAUAAAGGUUGCUCAGUCCAUGAAUAAGCGUUCAUUUACAUUAAGAAAUGUGGCAUCUUACCAUCCGCUAGCAGUAUAUCAAGUUCUGUGGUGCGCUUUUAAAUUCGAGAAAAUGGUUUGUUACCAUAAGCCCGAUUUCGUCGAUUAUGAAUUACAUUUCCAAUGCAAUAAUCUUGCCGUACGUUAUUAUAAUAUACUAACAGAAUUACUUCCAGUUUUUGGACCGAAUGCAUGCCUUUUAUGGACCGAAGUUGAACGAACUUGUUCAAAGUGCGGUGCUUAAUUAUUAUGAUUGUGA